AUGAUGAUCAGUGAACCACAACCAUUCGCUCACCCUUUCAAUUUCAACGAUAUUCAAAGAGUCCACCCUCUGUCUGCUUCCCCUGGUUCUUCCGCCUUCUUUCGUGCAACAUCCCCUGUUCAAUCAACCUCAACUAAUAUGGAUGAUGUUACAACAAUAUUCGUAGUGGGAUUCCCCGAAGAUAUGGCCGAGAGAGAAUUCCAAAAUAUGUUUACAUUCUGCCAUGGCUUUGAAGCUGCUUCGUUGAAAUGGCAUUGCAAAGACCAGGACGACGAUUCUAUCCCCUCCUCAACCAACGGCAAAAAACAAAUGAUUGGAUUUGCUAGGUUUCGCACUCGUCUUGAAGCUUUGGAAGCAAUCGACGUCUUGAGUGGUAAAAAGAUAGAUCAAGAAAAAGGCACAGUGCUCAAAGCUGAGAUGGCCAAGAAAAACUUACACAUCAAGCGAGGAUCUGCCACCCAAACAUCCACCACAUCUUCCUCGACUACGACGUCCACUGCUGCGACAGUUGCCCCGCAAUCUGUUGCUGUAAACUCCACUACAAGCCCCAAUACAUCGCUGGUCGCCUCCUCUCUCGCUACUUCUGAAUCCUCCUCAUUGAAGAACAUGCAGCAACGUUAUGACUCUUUCUCUCCUUUACCAAGUGAUUUGCUCUCACCUCAAGAUUACAAAACUGAUUUAUUUAUUGAUCCAAACUUCAAUGAUUCCCUCUUUGGCAUUCGAUCUCAGUCUUUUGAUCAAGAUUUAGGUUUCAUAUCAUCUCGUGCAUUUGGCUUAGGUCCAACAUCUUCAUCCACCAUUCAACAGCAUCAGCAUCAGCAUAAUCUCUCAUCUCAUCAUCAACACCAACAUCAACAGCAUAUUCAACAACAAAAUCAAAAUACACAGCAACAACAGCAGCCGCAAAGAUUACCCAAAUUGAUGAACGACGCAGAUGAAUAUCACUACCUUUCAAAGUCUUCUCCUGUUCCCAAUGACACCCGUUUUGACAGCGCCAAUCUCCUGGAACAUGAUUUGAUGAGAAUGGGAUCUCUCUCGCUACUUACAAACAACUUGGAUUUGAGAUCUUCGCCUGGCAGUAGUAGUCUCUCAUCUCCAGUUCAACGUUUGCCCAACCCCGCUGAUCAAAACCCCCCAUGUAAUACCCUGUAUGUCGGCAACUUGCCACCCAAUACGUCUGAGGAGGAACUUCGUCAAGUAUUUUCACUCUGCAAAGGCUACCGUCGCAUGUGUUUCCGCACAAAGCCUCAAGGCCCCAUGUGCUUUGUCGAGUUUGAAGACAUUGUUUUCGCAUCUCAAGCUUUGAACGAAUUGCAAGGGCACAAUUUGACAAACUCCGUUAAAGGUGGCAUCCGCCUAUCCUACAGCAAAAAUCCAUUAUUCAUCAAGCCCAACAAGGAAAAUGGUUUAAUGAGCUUCAAGCAGAUGGGCAAUGUAUUGAUGUCUGAUCGUACAAGAGAUUUUAUGUUUGAUCCUCAGUUAUAA